CCUUGCCCAAAAUCGUUGACGAUUUAUUCAACACUGCGACAUUGGGUGAAAGGCUUGCGACAUCUUGUCAGAAAUUUGAUUUUGUAGUUUUUGGCUACUCUUUUUGUUCGUUGGUUGCCAUGCCGGUAGCAUCUUGCACCCUCUCUAGAGGGUCCUUGCAGCGGAUCCUCCGCCGCAGUGCUCUUUCCCAAUGCCGUCGUCGUUUGGCCACAACCGCUCCCGGUCUCGACCCUGUUACCCCACCCUACGAAAAGUUGCUCAAGAAUUUGGAAAUUGUGAAGCGCAACCUGGGUAACCGACCUUUGACUCUGGCUGAAAAGAUUUUGUAUUCGCAUUUGUCGGAACCCGCUGGACCUGUUCCUGUGAAAGGGGAAAGUUACUUGAAGCUGUCACCUGAUCGAGUGGCUAUGCAAGAUGCCAGCGCUCAGAUGGCCCUUCUUCAGUUUAUGCUUGCGGGACGAAAAACGACUGCUGUGCCGACGAGUAUUCACUGCGAUCAUCUUAUUGAGGCCUUCCAAGGUGGAGACAAGGAUGUGGAUCGGUCAUUAGUCACCAAUAAAGAAAUUUUUGAUUUCCUUGAUGCGGCUGCUGAAAAGUACGGCAUCAACUUUUGGAAGCCCGGAAGUGGUAUCAUCCACCAGAUCGUGCUGGAAAACUAUGCCGCUCCCGGAUCACUCAUGUUGGGCACGGAUUCGCACACUCCCAAUGCUGGAGGUUUGGGGAUGUUGGCCAUUGGUGUGGGAGGAGCUGACGCUGUUGAUGCUAUGGCUGGGAUUCCAUGGGAGUUGAAAGCACCAAAAGUACUCGGUGUACGAUUGACUGGCAAGCUGGAUGGAUGGGCGUCCCCGAAAGACGUGAUACUGAAAUUGGCCGGCUUGUUGACGGUUCAGGGAGGAACAAAUCACAUCAUUGAAUAUUUCGGGCCCGGUACCGAGACUUUGAGUUGUACCGGUAUGGCGACAAUGUGUAAUAUGGGUGCCGAGGUUGGCGCUACAACCUCCACGUUCCCCUACUCGGCGAGUAUGGCCCGGUACCUUCGAGCAACUCAACGUUCACAUGUUGCAGAUGCGGCAGAUCGAGCAGCCGCAACCGGGUUCUUAAAGGCUGACAAGGGUGCCGAGUAUGACAAUGUGAUUGAGAUUGAUCUUUCAACCCUCGAACCGCAUAUUAAUGGGCCCUUUACACCUGAUGCUGCAACGCCCUUGUCGAAAUUUAAGGACUUGGUGCAGAAGAAUGGCUGGAAGGACGAGGUGAAGGUUGGGCUCAUCGGAUCAUGCACGAACAGUUCCUACGAAGAUAUGUCACGUGCAGCAUCUCUUGCGAAACAAGCGCUGGAGCACGGAUUGAAGGCGAAAUCUGGCUUCUUCAUCACACCUGGUUCAGAGCAGAUUCGUGCCACUGUGGAACGUGAUGGUCAGACUGAUGUGCUGUCGUCAGUUGGUGGGCAGGUCCUGGCCAAUGCGUGUGGACCUUGUAUUGGGCAGUGGAAGCGCACAGACCUGGAAAAGAACGAGGAAAAUGCCAUUCUUACGUCCUUUAACCGAAACUUUCGAUCCCGUAACGAUGGAUUUUCCAAAACCAUGAACUUUCUUGCGUCACCUGAGAUUGUCACUGCAAUGGCCUUUGCUGGCCGGUUGAGCUUCAAUCCGACCACAGAUACCCUUCCCGGCAAGGACGGCAAACCAUUCAAGUUUGAACCGCCACGAGGGGAGGAUCUUCCUGAAACUGGAUUCAUUGCGGGACGCGAAAACUUUAAGCCACCAGCAAACCCAACUCCAAACCCUAAUGUCGCAAUUGAAGUUGACCCCAAAUCCAGUCGGUUGCAGCUCUUGGACCCGUUCUCACCAUGGGAUGGACGCGAAUUCAAAGACAUGAAGGUGCUUGUCAAGGUGCAGGGCAAAUGCACAACUGAUCACAUUAGCGCUGCUGGGCCAUGGCUAAAGUACAAGGGACAUCUUGAGAACAUUGCCAACAACACUCUGAUUGGUGCAACGAACGCGUUCAACGGCAAAGUGAACACGGUCUUGAAUGAGCUAACAGGAGAGGAAGGAACUAUCCCGGAUGUUGCCCGCCAUUACAAGGCAAAUAAUGUUCCAUGGAUUGUUAUAGCUGAUUCCAACUACGGCGAAGGAUCCGCUCGGGAGCACGCCGCGCUCCAACCACGAUACCUCGGCUGCCGCGCCAUCGUCUCCCGUUCCUUUGCACGUAUUCACGAAACUAACCUGAAAAAACAAGGUGUACUUCCCUUGACUUUUGCCGAUCCCGCCGACUGGGAGCGCAUUCCGCAAGGUGCGACAAUCUCAACAGAGGGCUUGGAGAAUAUUGCACCUGGGUCUCACGUCUCCCUAGUGGUGAGACCGCCUUCUGGAGAAGCCUUCCGGGUUCAGGUUAAGCACACGCUCAGUGACGAUCAGGUGGAAUGGUUCAAGGCUGGAUCUGCUUUGAAUAAGAUUGCGGCGAGUCAGGGUGGUGAUGCUGUUGAAUCUAGAGCUUUCGCGUAGGGAGAAGUAUGGUGUUGAUUUUCUGGCGGUUUUGUUGAUAUUUUUCUUUUAGAACGAGUAUGUAGUUUGGAGAAAGUCAUGUUUUUUCUUUCACUGGUUGAAGGGCUGUCACUUGUCAAUAGAUUGCGCAAAUGUGGGAGCAAUUGGACAACCUAUCACGUGAGAAGCUUAUUUCCCUUUGGAUUUCCACCCUUUGAGUUUGUCUUCUUUCUGCGUUCGGCCUCAGCUCUGUAUUUUCGUUGAGAGCGCAACCUCUUUUGUUCUUGUAUUGCACCAAGAAACGCACAAUCCCCAGCAACAUUUUUGGAAUUUUGCCAUUUGUUCAUUUGUCAAGAAAUGGCUCCUAAACCCGUAACAGAUCGUAUUUACGCACCUCCCCACUGGUCUACCACUGACUUUGAUCCCGGGAAGGAAUCGUAUCGCAAGCUAUUCCAAAUAGCAGAAAAGACCCGUACAUCUCUAGCAUACCAUAAAGCAACCCAUGCGAUCGAGAUUGUUGGAAUGAAUGCUGAUACUGUCCUUAAUGCGCGACAGCACCUUGAAAACAUGUUGUCCCAAACCACUGUGAAGAAUCCCCGGCAGUGGGCUCGACCUGAGAGGCCUGGCAUAUGGGGACAAAGGCGAGACAAACUGUCUACG